AGUCCUAGCUCCGCCCCUUUACGCUCGCACUGGCGAACCUGCCUGGGCAGGCAGCUCGAGCAGGAGGGGGCGGGACCAGACAGCUGCGCGCACAGAAGGCUGGCGUAGCAGGUAAAGAUGGCAGCUACCAUGUUCCGGGCUACGCUGCGGGGAUGGAGAACCGGUGUCCAGCGGGGCUGCGGGCUACGGCUGUUGAGCCAGACCCAGGGCCCUCCAGAUUACCCCAGCUUUGUGGAGUCUGUGGAUGAAUAUCAGUUUGUGGAGCGCCUGUUACCGGCUACCAGGAUCCCAGAUCCCCCAAAGCAUGAACAUCAUCCUACCCCUAGUGGCUGGCAGCCUCCCAGAGACCCCCCACCCAACCUGCCCUACUUUGUACGACGCUCUCGGAUGCACAGCAUCCCUGUCUACAAGGACAUCACGCAUGGCAACCGGCAGAUGACUGUGAUCCGGAAAGUGGAAGGGGACAUCUGGGCCUUGCAGAAAGAUGUGGAAGAUUUUCUGAGCCCGCUGCUGGGGAAGACACCUGUCACCCAGGUCAAUGAGGUGACAGGUACCCUACGGAUCAAGGGCUACUUUGACCAGGAGCUUAAAGCCUGGCUCUUGGAGAAAGGCUUCUGAGGCCCAGCUGAUCAGCCUGCAUGUCAGCGUGCCCUGUGGAUCAAGUCUAGGGGGCCUCAGGAGGAGGGAGGUGGGUGUUGGAGCCCCUGAGACAGGGGAUACAGAAACUCAGGCUAAAGGACCUUGGGGUCAGGCCUUGCUUGCAUGAAGGAGAAAACGACCCUAUGUACAUGCUGGGGGAGAGUGCCUAAUGUGGGAGACCAAAUAGGAAUAACCAGGCUAAUGGGGGGCGUCAGCAGCUUUCUCUCCCUCCUAUCUUGGCCUGUUCUUUUUUGUUUUUUUGAGACGGAGUCUCACUCUGUUGCCCAGUGUGGAGUGCAGUGGCAUAAUCUUGGCUCACUGCAACUUCCCACCUCUGGGAUCAAGUGAUUCUCCUGCCUCAGCCUCCUGAGUAGCUGGGAUUACAGGCGCCCACCACCACAGCCUGCUAAUUUUUUUAUUUUUAGUAGAGAUGGGGUUUCACCAUGUUGGUCAGGCUGGUCUCAAACUCCUGACUCGGAAGUGAUCCGCCCACCUUGGCCUCCCAAAGUACUGGGAUUAUAGGCAUGAGCCAUGUGCCUGGUCCACCUUGGCUUGUUUUGUUUUCCUUUCCUUGGGCUCAGCAAUUCAAAUUCUAGUUGUUAUUUGGUGGAAGCAGUAGCCCAACCCCAGUUUAGGGGAAGGUAGCACAGGGCAGAGCCACUGGGCACUUUGUUUCCUUAACCCUCCAAAGCUCACUGUUGCAAACAUCCCCAAGCCUUUGCUCUAGGGCAGAUCUUGUUUGGUGCAGGUUAUGGAGAACACAGAUGACUCGGGCAUGGGUCUUGGAGAUCUUCUGUUCAAAGUACAGUGCUGGCACUGGGGCACAGAGUGCCCACGUUAGCCCCGGGCUCUGAUAGAGGUAGGAGGCCCAUUCUUGGUCACUAUUCCAUUGCAGACCAGACUUGCUGGCCUGACCACAAGGGAGUGGCUGGGAACUCAACAGCCAGCAUAGGGCCAUCCCCACCAGCCUCCUGACCUGGAAUCAAGGCUAGGGAAGGGUUGCUGGCAGGAAUAUGCUGACCUUUCAGCCUGCCAUCCCAUCCCAACCCCAGCUCACUAGCCUUCAUAUAUGCCUCAUACUUGGAGUCACAGGGGCCAAAGGCCUGAGACCCCACCCUACCCCCAAACUGGCUAAGACAGCUUUCAGUUCCUGGCUCCCCAACUUGGUCUCUACCCUGAGGCAGGGCACUGAACUCUGGGCUGCUUCUCUAUGUGUAAAAUGGGCACAUCUUCCUAAUCUGUUAAUGGUCAAUGGUGUCCCCAAGGAUAGUGCUGGCUUCCAUGGAAACCCUCACUCCUGGAGAUUCCAUUCCAUUCUCAAGUGUACAGCCACAGCAAGGAGCCCGACACUGAUUUGAUUGAUUCUGUGACACAAACCCCACCAAUUGUUAAUGCAAGUUUUUAUUUGGCUGUAUAUACAAUUUAAGCUAUUAAAAUUUGUACAAUAUUUACAAAUUAAAUAAUCAUCUGAAA